ACACCGGGUGUUGGCGACUUCCGUCCGUCGUCUCAGGGCUCGUGCCUUGGAGACGAGGCCUCCGGCGCAUCAUAUCACUCUCGGCCAGGAAGUUUUGUGGCGCCUGCUGAGUUCGACCCAGACAGACGUACAAUCGACCGAGGGGAGAUGUGUCCAUUUUUAUUGCACUCUCCUCACGGACGGAGGAGUCUGCUACAGCCUCCUCGUCACACUCAUUCUACCUGUCCUCUUUUGCCUCCUCGUGCCCUUGUCCUUCUCUCUCUCUCUCUCUCUCUUUCUCUCUCUGUACCUCUCAUCCUCUCUCUUCGUAUCACUUCUCUGUGUCUCGCCUCAUCUAACCUCUGCUACUCUUUGAUUUCUUUCUUUUCUACCUCCUUACACCCAUUUUCUCUUAGCUACAAUAAAAUUUCGAUCGAUCAUACAAAACCGUCGCCACACAAACAACGCAAAUAG